ACGUUCGAAGGAAAACGGUGCUAUAUCUCGUUUUUGUCCAAACGCGGACGUAACAAAUUCAAGAAAUCUAUUUCCUAUAAAAGGCAAACGCACAUAUCUCUUCUUUCCAUCGACAGAAAAUUCAAGGACAGCAUUCUCUUGCAAUGGGCUUUUUUACUUCCUGUCCGGAACUUCCUCUUCCCAGAUUCAUUCUACACGCGUUUUACGUUCUUGGGUUCCUCAGAAAUCUCAUCUCCUCCCUUUUCAGGCUUCUGGGUCUGACCCAUCUCCUCGAAUACGAAGUUCCAGACGCGUCUGAUCGUAUCCGAUUGCCUGGAUUCCAGUCCGUGUCGGCAAUGCUCAUCCGGCAAAUCUUGCCUUUGGUUCGUUUUGGGGAUUUGUAUGCGGAGAAGGUGAUGGAUGAGUGUGUGAUUUGCCUAUGUGAGUUUGAGGAGGACGACGAGAUCCGACGGUUGAGGAACUGCGAGCACGUGUUCCAUGGGAGAUGUUUGGACCGUUGGAUGGACUGUGGCAAGCAGACGUGCCCAUUGUGUAGAAGUCAUUUGCUUCCAGAUGAGAUGAGGGGGGGAUUCAAGGAGAAGCUUUGGGCAGAGCAAGCUCUGUAUUUGGAUGAUGAGGAUCCGUCCACCUCGCAGGACGUCGAUUCGUUAUAAUAGGUUAUUCAGCAAUCCAAUUCGGCCAAUUCGAGUGAAAGAUGUAAAAGGAUUCAAAUUGUUUAUAGACGAAUUUGUUAUUUGAUA